CCGAAUAUGUUCGUCAUUUGUUAAAACUUUCAUAAGGUUGUCCUACUAUCGCUUUUAUUUUAUGCAGAAGGGAGUCAUGAAGGACACCCAUUGAGAGCAGUGUUCUGCGUUCUUCUUAGUCAUCAAGCUUUACUAUUUCGUGCAUGAUUGAUAAAUCUUGAAUCUCUGACCUCAAGCUUUUGUCAGGAACUUCGUUGUGCUUUACAAGUGGUCACUUAUUUACGGUUUCCAGCGGUGUGGAAGUACAGUAUUGUUGAUCAGAUACGCUGUGUUGUGUAAAUUCUGUGGAUGAUAUGGCGCACAAGUACACAUCACGUCGCGCUGACAAGCAGACAUCGGUACUGCAAAUGGGUUCCAAUGUCUCUGCGAAUCAAGCUGUUCAUGUGAACGAUAAUACAAAGUAUUCACGAUCAGAAAAUCCUGUGGACCUUCUUGACUUGGAGAAUUUGUCCCUCCGUGAGCGGGGUGGGGCACAGGCCAGUUUUUCGGUAAAUGCUGCUGCGGCAGGGUGUUUGAAGACGAGGACGGUGUUUGCAGCCACGAUUAUCGAAUGCAAGAACGUGUUCGGUCAUAUUUUGCCUGACACGAUUGCUGAUAGAUUCAUGCACUUCGGACAGGUCCUUGAAGUGGAAUGUGAUGAACUGUACAAACCUACUAAGCUGUACUCAAACGAUCCUUACUUGAACGUGGACGAGACAGUUUCUGAGCAGGAAUUACUCAAGUAUUGCUCCAGCCAGCUUCUGAGAAACGUUUACGUGCGAUUUGCCUCUGUUGGAGCUGCAGUCUCUGCAGUCGACACAUUAGCUCGCAUUGGAUGCCACACGCGUCGCCUUCUAGAUCCCCGUGAGAUGGAUAGUUUUUCUGUUUACUUGUGCAACUUACCCAAGAUGAUGACAAAAGAGCAACUUGCUGACAUGGUAUCCGCUGUCGGCGAAGUGUUGCUCUCUUGGAUAGUUGGGCAGAACAGUUCAGGUGAUGCAAAUGUGACCAAUAAGGAGUGUAGCUGCGGCUUUGUGCGGAUGCGUAAAGCUGCUGAUUGUGUGACUGCCGUUCGACAUUUCCACGGGAUGCGACUUCCUGGUUCACCAUUCCCACUGGUUGUUCGACUUGGACACAAAAGGAAGUUUGUGAAUCGUCCCACGAGGUUUUCGUGCACUCACCGCCCAGCUGUCAUUACUUAUGGGAAGGUUGUUCGUCAGUUGAAUCCCCUGUGGGAUGCCAUCUUCUUCUUUCCUCCAGAUAUAUCCUUGAAAAAAGAUGAAAAGCCCUGCUUCACUACUCAACCGAAGUCAGGUGGGAAUCAGCGUUACGUAAUGCUGCCUACAAAUGCAAUGAUAAGGUUCAAUCAUCAGUUGCUUGGAUCCUGCUGUUCGUACAUUCAGUAUGCGUCAUCGUCCGAUUUGAACAAGGACAGUAGCAUGUUGCAAGGAGAGAAAUCUGGCAAGGAAACUCGAGGAACUUCUGCAAACUCUCCCUACGUCUCUAAUCCGUUUUAUGGGAUGACAUUCCUGGAAGAAAGUACGCAUAUUAGCCCUUACCCUAACCCAUGGAAUGAGCCCAUGCCAUUCCCGACACAGACUGAAGAUGAUUUGCCAAACCCUGCGCCCAACUACGAUCAGCUUGAAGAGCUGGCCAGCGAAGUGCAAUGGGAUGUUGUGCGUUGA